AUGGCGGCUUUCUCAUUGUUUCGCUUCGCUCGUUUCCUCCGUUCCAUCUUCGUCCCGACUGCGUCCAUCAUCGGCUUCUCCUUCCUCCUCACCUACAUCUUCAUCCUCUACCAACCCACGCCUGGACCUGGAAGCAUACAACGAGUAGGAUGGCAGUCCUGGGAGAUCAUCACCGAGGGCUCCGUCGGCGGACAAGACACCGCGGGCAGUCUCGAGACGACCUCUGGCUCUAAUACCGAUUCGACCAAUCCAACCGUGCCGCACGGGGCGGACUGGUGGAACGUCUCUACGACCACGGAAACCACGGACUCGGCCAGCCUUCCGUUGGAUACCUGGGACCCAAUGAUGCAGCAUGACACAGGACUGUCCGAAAUACACAUCACGGAGUGCCUUUUCGACCCGUGGUAUGUGCCAAUAUCUGCGGACGUCUGUUACCCGUCAACCACCAAACAAGACGACGCACACAAGGGCAAGUGGGUACGAGUCGGCCCGAAUCUGAAGCAGGAAGUCAGUCUGAAGAGUCUGAAUGUAUACUACCGUCGCACCCGACGACAUGACAUUCCCCUCGUGACCGAACUCAGCAUCCUCCCGGAGAACCAAACACCCCCAGCGGGAAGCACCGGAUGGUUGAGGGUUGACCACCCGAUCAACCCCAAGGGAGCGAAGCGUUACCUCUGGUACAAGGCAGCGAAAGCGUGGAAGGACAUGUCGGAAGGGGAGCGCAAGAAUGACGUCGUCACCGAGAUAGACGUCCUCUUUGGCUCUGACACGACGUGGUACGGCUUUGAGAAAGUCGACCAGGCGACGUUUGACGGCGACGGGAAGACGGAGCCUGUGUGGCUCACCCACCGGAAAGGCGUUCAUUCCCCGCCGCGCGCCCCUCCCCUCCACUUCUCGCAUGAUGGAAAGUUCAAGAUUAUGCAAGUUGCGGACCUCCACUAUUCCGUUUCCUUAGGGUCAUGCAGGGACACGCCAGACCCCUGUACCGGCUCGGACAACCUCACAAACACCCUGCUCGGAAAGAUGCUGGACGCGGAGAAGCCCGAUUUUAUCGUCUUUACUGGUGAUCAGCUAAACGGUCAAACGACCGCAUGGGACGGACGGUCGAUCCUCGCCAAAUUCGCCAAGGCAGUCACGGAGCGCGGCAUCCCGUGGGCAGCGGUCUUCGGGAACCAUGAUGAAGAAGACGGCAUGCUGAAGGAACACCAGAUCCACUACAUGAAGGGCCUGCCGUACUCGAUGGUGGAGCGCGGCCCGAAGGACGUCCAUGGCGUUGGCAACUACGUGCUCAAGGUCAAGAGCGCGGACCCCUCGGCCACGCACCUCCUCACGAUGUACUUCCUUGAUUCCGGCUCCUACUCCGCUGGCUUCAUGGACUGGUUCGGUCUCCACCCUACUGCGUACGACUAUCUCCGCCAGGAUCAAAUCGACUGGUUCCUGCAGGAGUCAGCUUCCAUCGACACCGUCGAGCGCCCUUUCAUGCCCGAUGGCGCGAAAGACCUGGGCCACCUGUGGAAGCGACAGGGGCAGGUCAUGCCAGGGUCUGGCCGACGCCUCGCCAAGCCGAACGCGCUCAUGUUCUUCCACAUUCCUCUUCAGGAAAGCUAUUCGGCGGCCGAUAUCAACCCGGAGACGGGCCGCCCGCUCGAUGUUGGCAUCAGCGACAUGGAGGCCAGCGGCGCGGCGAAGAAGCAGGAAGGCUUCUUCCACAAGGCCCUCCUCGAGGCGUUCGAGAGCGACCAUCGCACCUCACGCGCACCGGAGGUCAAGGUCGUCGCAAACGGCCACUGCCACCUGACAGAGAACUGCCGGCGCGUGAAGGGUGUCUGGCUCUGCUUUGGCGGCGGAGGGUCGUACUCCGGAUACGGCAAGGCUGGCUUCGACCGCCGGUUCCGCGUGUACGACGUCUCUGACUUCGGCGAGACGAUCCGGACGUACAAGCGCACCGAGCACGACGAGAUCGUGGAUGAUAUGAUCCUGGCCGGGCGCGGCGCGCCUCCGGUGUGA